GUGCGAAUAGGUGAAGUCUAGUCAAUUAUCGCAUCUGAUGAACUAACAUCCAAACAAAAAACUCCAUAUUUUUCCACCUGGUUUUAAAGAAUUCUCCAUCUAUUUGACGCCUUAAAAUUAAGUUAUCCACAAAGAAAGAUGGUUGGAAGAGAGAACUGACAGCUUGUCUACAGAACGCGUAAAUUUAACACCCACGGGUUGACAUGUAAUUCUUCAUUAAACGCGAGGGAGCGAACUUACAUCCAGGUCAGCGAAAUUUCGAAGAAGACUACGAAUGUCUGCACUAGUUAGAUCAUGUCUUCUGUUGCCCUGGAAUUUAUCGCUGAAUCCCAAAUGCGUAAUCUAACCAAGGAUUACAAACCGAAGACUUCCUCGAGAACACAAAUCGCUGACAAGAUAGGAAAAUGUGCGAUUCCCCACGAGUCCAUGUUCAAAGUGGCCUGGGACUGGUUCGUCCUCGCUCUGGUGCUGUUCACGGCAAUUCUUAUUCCUUAUGAGGCGGCUUUCUUAGGCAACACCAAAGCGAAACCAAGGAGGUCCGUUUGGCAGAAGAUCUACUCGGGCGAACCGCAAGAGAUCGUCAAUCUAAUCGUGGACUUGAUGUUUAUAAUCGACAUACUGAUUAAUUUUAGGACUACGUACGUGGAGAAAAAGUCUGAGGUAGUUGUGAGCUCGCCGAAGAAAAUUGCCAUCCAUUAUCUCAAGACAUGGUUUAUUGUGGAUUUUGUAGCUGCCAUCCCAUUUGAUUACUUCAUACCGGACCAGGCUAACGGGGUAAGAAUACAAGUCAGAAGAAUGCACUGCAAUACUUGCAAAACAAAUUCAGACCAUUUUAAUUUCGGACAGAAAAAGGGUCCGAAAAUAAAACAGUCUGAAAUUCUUAACGAGUAACUGGCUUGUUAGAGAUCGAUUUUGCAAUAAAAACUAACAAUAAGAAGUAACGACUUUUCGACCUCUCCGAGGUCAUUUUCAAGUGGGAGAAAGAGUAUAUAAACUUAGCAUAAACAUGUUUCUAACAGUAAAAAAUAGUUUAAAAAUGUUGCGAACGUUAGACUGCAACAAAACAAGUAAGAAAAAUGAUAAAAAUAUUUACGAAGUUAAAAAGGGAGACCUACAACAAUGAGACAAUAAAGCCCCGGCCAAACGAUCACAACAUUUCAACAAAACAUAUCGCAACAUUAUCGAGCGCAACGCAACAUAUUGCGCGCGUUUGGCCACCCUGCUGCGACGUGUUGCGACUUGUUGCGACAUGUUGC